AUGCGUCUCAUCAUCCGCGACAACGCUGUCCAUGUCGGCGAGUACAUCGGGAACUACAUCUCCAAGCGUAUCAACGACUUUGCCCCCACUCCAGAGAAGCCGUUCGUCCUUGGGCUGCCCACGGGCUCCUCACCCAUCCCGACGUACAAGCAUCUCAUCAAACUCAUCAAGGACGGAAAGCUUUCCUUCCAAAAUGUGGUCACCUUCAACAUGGACGAGUACGUCAACCUCCCGCAGGACCACCCCGAGUCCUACCACACCUUCAUGUUCCGCGAGUUCUUCUCUCACAUCGACAUCCGCCCGGAGAACGUAAACAUUCUCAACGGCAACGCCAAGGACCUCAUCGCCGAAUGCAACGCGUACGAGGCCAAGAUCAAGGCCUACGGCGGCAUCGAGCUCUUUCUCGGCGGUAUCGGCGAGGACGGCCACAUCGCCUUCAACGAGCCCGGCUCUUCUCUCGCUUCGCGCACCCGCAUCAAAACCCUCGCGUACGACACCAUCCUCGCCAACGCCCGCUUCUUCAACAACGACAUCGCCGCCGUCCCCCGCAUGGCCCUCACCGUCGGCGUCGCUACCGUCCUUGACGCCCGCGAAGUCAUCGUCGUCGUCACCGGUCAGCGCAAGGCACUGGCGUUGAGCAAGGCUAUUGAGGAGGGCAUCAAUCAUUUGUGGACACUGUCUGCGCUUCAGAUGCACCCGUGGGCACUCAUCGUCGUCGACGAGGAUGCGACAGCCGAGCUGCACGUCAAGACAGUCAAGUACUUCAAGUCGAUCGAGCGUGUACAGGACGAGGUCGAGGAGAUGCAUGCCAAGAUCAGACAAGGCGGCCUUCAUGAGCCAUUGGGCAGCAUGGAAUGAGCUCAGCCCACUGUGCUCCGCCUUUACACAACCGGAAUAGAAAGAAGCGCA